GUAAAACGAACGAUUAACCUGAUCAUAGCUACAAAAAUGUAUAAACAGAAUUAAGACUUUUCCAAUCACAAAUCAACGUCUACUGUAAAGUGAUUAAACGAUGAACUGACUUUUACCGAAAUAAAAAAUCCAUGGAUGUUAUAUCUCGCGGAUCACAGUGUUUUAUCUUCGCCUAUAGCCGUCUUGACGUUUUUAUGAUAUGCAUAUAUUUAUUGUCUUAAAAAUUCCUAUUGUCAGAAUUGCGUAAUUGUUCCAUGUAAGUGUUAAUCUGUGUGUAAUGUUAUUGCGGAAGAUCCCAUCGCGCACCUCUAUGAGUGUAGUUGAUGAGCCUGAAAUGAGAAAUGAGAUAGUUGGCAAGGAACGUCACCUGCGGGCCGAAUAUGGCUUAUACAGAGCGCGAAAACUGAUGACGUGGAAGACAAAUGUCUGACUGUACUGCAGGGGAAAUAUCUAGAUACUAAUGAUGGAACUAUUUAUAUAUGAUUUCACAUGUAAAGUUUGUAUUAAUUAGCCGCCAUAUUGUAUACUAGGAAAUUAAAGACAAGGGUUAUACCGGGGAUAUUAAAUUGGAACUACUAAUUAUCAGAUCGAGACCGAGGUGAGUGGCUUUAUUUAUCUACAUUAUGAGUACUGAAGAUCUUGCACGUUCACGAGAAGGAUCUAAAGAACCUGAAGUAAUUUGCGCUGUAUGUUCAAAAUUUGAACCUCAAGCUUGGCGGAAGAAAUUUUGUAAAAAUUGUUUCCAUUCUUUAGAUGAGCAUACGACAGACAGCGAAAAGGAAACGGGUCACGAAAAGUUAGAUAAUGAGAAAAAUAAUUUAAAGAAAAUCGAAGAAAAAGAAACUACAGACAAGAAAUAUGAUAAAAUUUUAAAAGAUAAAUUGACUAAAGACGAUAAGAACAAAUCGAAUAAACCCUUUACUGAUAAACCAAAUUCUGAAAGUGAUAAAACUCCACAAAAACAUGAUAUAAAAACCUCCAUAAUUGCAGACAAAUUUAAUAAAAAGAUUACCGGAAGUGCACAUUCUGAGAAAGGAAAAACCGAGACAGGCACAAAUGCAGCAGAAAAGCAAGACGAAAAAGAUCAAAGUUCAGUUACUAAUAAAUUAAAGGGAAAGUUCCAAAUAGACAAGAAACCAAACGAAAAAGCAAAUGACAUCAAAGACGGCAAAGUUGACACUAAAACAUUCGACAAAUCUGAUGAUAGAAUUAAACAAUCAAAACAAGAUAAUGAUAAAACAAAACUUUGGGGGAGUAAAUCAAAGUUCGAGCACAAAAUUAGCGAAAAAGAGAAUAAAACCGAGCCCGAAAAGAAAGAAAUUGAAAAGACGAAAACUUUAAAUGAAGAAAAGCCGAAAACAUGGGGAGCAAAAUCAAAAUUCGAACCGAAGUCAGCAGACGUUAAGGACGAAAAGAUUAGUGUCGAAAAGAAGGACGCAUCUAAACAUGACGAGAAAAAGGUUGUGGACGAUGAGCAUAAAACAGGAGUUAAACAAUUUAAGCCCCCGGAAAAACAGGAUACAAAAAUGAAAUGGAAGAAUACGUGGGGUUCAACUUUGGCGAACAAGAGACAAGAUGAAUCCAAGAAGGACGAAACAUCGGACGAGAAAUCGAAAAUGGACGAAAAAUCGAAAAUGAGCGAGAAGGAAAAUGACAGUGGAAAGAAUUCCAUAAGAUCAAAAUUUGAGUCUCAAGGAACAGGCAACCUCUUUGGUGUUACUAAAACAAAAUCUGAACCUAACAGCAAAGAAAAAAUUGAAGGAAAAACUAAAGGUGAAGAAACAAAGGAAGAUGGUACAAAGAAAACAGACAGCAAAGAUCUGAAAGAAGAUAAAGGAAAGUCGUGGGCUAAAAAGAAUUUAAAAGAAAGCGACAAAUUGAAAGAAACUGAAACAUCUAAAUUUGGUGAUAAAAACAUUCCAAAAGAAACUGAAAAAUCCAAAUUUGGUGAUUUUAAAGAUAGUACUAGAUCGAAAUUUGGGGACAAUAAGAUAACACCUGCUGAAAAGGAACCAGAAAAAGCUAAAUUUGGUGACAAAACAUCAGUAAAUAAAGAACAAGAAAAAUCCAAAUUUGGUGACAAUCGAGCAAAUUUGUUUGAACAAAAAAAUGCUUUGAAAGACAAAACUGAAGUAUCAAAAAAGGAUGAAAAAGAUUUAAAAAAGAAAGAAGAUGAGAAAGAAAAGGCGGAUGAUUCCAAAUCUAAACUUGACGACAAAAAAUCAAAUUUAUGGGGUUCGAAAUCAAAAUUUGAAACCCCCAAAAUAGACAAAAUAGACGAUAAGAAAACAAAUAAAUUCAGCAUCGAUUUAAAAAAAUCGGACGGGAAAUUUUCAAAACCACCCGAUGAUAAAUCCGGAGGGACGGAAACAAAAUCUGAAAUAGACAAUAAGAAGAAUGAAAAGUUAGAAGGAAAGUUAAAACUUGACAUUAAAAAGGCUGAAAGUGUGAACACGUCUGGAAAAGACAGUGGACAUUCCGUAUCCGAUUGGCGAAAGGAAAAGUACGAAAAGUUAUCUAAAACACCAACAACAGUCACACCUGGUAAAAUUCUUGAUAAAACAGCAUAUUCUCGUAGCAAGUCAGACACUUUAGUAACAGACAAAGACGAGAAAAAAUCCUCAGUGACGUCAACAUCUGUCAAAACGCAACCAUCAAGUGACAAAAAGGAGCAUAAUUUGUCUUCAAAAUCGAGUGACGUUAAACCAUCAGAGAUUCCAGAUACGCAACGAAAGACAGGUAGAUUACCCAUUAUCCAACCCACACUGGAUCAAAAGGAGAAAUUCUCUGGCAUCGUCGAUGAGGUCAAGGACGAAGGAGAAACAACAGCAUCUAAAGAAUCGUUACCGAAAUUAAAUACAGAUGCGAUAAACAAAAUCAAAGAUGCUGCCAAGUUUUUGCUAGAUGAUGAUUUUGAUGACGGUAGAUAUAAUAGCCUGGGUCGAACAACUAGUGGUAAUAAAUCGACACCAUCUCAGCAGGCGACAUCAUCAUUACCAUCUUCUACUAAAUCAGAAGCAGACGAUAGAAAAGGGUCACAUAAGAAAUCGUCGGUCCAGGAAAAUACUACUGUAUCCAAAAAACAGCAAGGAAAACAUGAUGUUGAAAAUGUUUUCAACGAAAAAUUCAACAGUGAGGCUGAAAAGUUGAGAAAACAAUUGAAACAAAUGGAAGAAAGAUGCAUGGAACUGGAAGAGGAAAACAAAAAUCUGAAAAAUGGCUUAUUGGAAAACGAAAAGUAUUCCGGACGGUUAGUGAAACAGAAACAGGAUGUGGAAAAUCAAAUCAAAGUUUUACAGAAGAAUUUGUCGUCUUUAGAAUCUAAAUGUUCCAAAUUUGAAAUUGAAAACACAAAUUUGAUAGAAAGAAUUAAAACAGUACAGUCUAAAUCUUCAACAACAGAUGAUCUCAAAUCAGCACAUAUGGAGGAAUUAAACUACUUGAAGGAGAGGCUGGGAAAGGGCGAGAACAUUGUGGACGAAUUAAGAGAUGACAAUGAAAAUCUGAAACAAGAAAUCUUGGACUUGAAAUCCGAAAUGGAAGAAAUGUACGACACUUUUCGUGACCAAGAAGCCGAGGAGUUCCGAGAAAUUCAGAAGGAAAUGGAAAUGCACGCUAAAAACUGUCGGGUUUUAAGUUUCAAAUUGAGAAAAUACGAACGCAUGAAUGAACAAUAUGAGGCAGAAAAAGAAAAUUACGAGGAUAAAAUUCAAUCAUUACAAAAUCAAAUUUCUGAUGGAGAUACAAGAGCUCACAUAAGAGAUGUUGAAGACGAACUGAGGUUGGCAAAGGAAGUAUCUGUUCGACUACAUGACGAAUUAGACAUUUUAGAAGAAAAAAAGUGCAAAACUGAAGACGAAAACCACCAGCUAACUCAGAUUCUGGAACAGUCGGACAAAAAACAGUUCAAACUUGAAAUGGAGGUUGACAAACUCAGGGAUCAGACAGCAGAACUGAGAAAAAAAAUAUCAGAAAAAUCCACCCCCGGUACACCUGUGUCUCAGGAUGACUUAAAAGAUCGUCGGGUUUUGAUUGGAAGGAUUGGUCAACAAGGCAGUCAGGAACAAGACAUGUCACAAUUAACGCGAGAUUUGUAUGAUAGCAUGGAACGUGAGACAGAUUUAAAAGAUCAACUUCAAUUUGCAGAGGAAGAAAUAAAAGACCUAAGAAAGAAAAAAGACGAACUUGAAGAAGAAAAUGAAAAUUUGAGCGUUCAAUUAAAAAAGAUGUCUGCAUCUAAGAUUACGAAAUAUAAGGACAGCAAGAAACUGGAUGACCCUGAUUUUACGGAAGCAGAAAUUGAGCUGAAAGUUCAUUUAGAAUUGAAUGAACAAGAACUUAUGGUUACCCGACGUAAAAUACAAGAUCUAGAAAAUGAAAAUGAAAAUUUGUUAGAGCAGUCUAAAGUUUUGAAAGACGAAUUAUCACAUAAAGAACACCUAUUGGCUAUUCCACAACCACCGCUUUCUCCAAACACAUAUUACGAAGACAGAUUAAAGGAAAUGAAUUUCGGAGCUGACGAACUGAGAUGGAAAAUAAUCGAAAAAGACCGAGAAAUCGAAAAACUGUCUGCAGAAGUGUUACAAACUCGCCAAUCAAAACUGCGUAAAAGUCGAUCGCUUGAAACUGAUUUCUAUGGAGAACGUAAGAAACUUUUAGAUCUUGAUUUGUCAGAAAAUGUUGAUUUUAGAGAUAAAGUAAUUAGUGAGGCACGCGGUUCACAUUCUCCUGAACAAUUACAACAUCACAAGCCAUUUACAACUUGUAAUGACAGCCGAGAUAAUAAGAAUCAAGAAAUAAAUAAAUCGCCCGAUGAUGGAAUCAAUCCUUCUCUUGCCAUUCAAACUCAGUUUUAUACUAGAAGUAAGUUAAGAGAAAACUCAAAUUCUUUGAAUCAAAGCAUUUCAAACGAUAACUUGGAACAGCUAAAAUCGUUACAAGAAAGCGUUGAUAAUUUACAAGAAAAAAUAACUAAAUUGGAAGCAGAAAAUUUGAGCUUGAAAGAAAAGUUAACACCGGAAACGGAAGAAACGGAAGGGGAGACAAGAGAAGAAUUGAUGGAUAAAAUAUUAGACAUGGAAGACGAUGCUGAGAACCUCGCUACAGAACUUACGAAAAAAGAUGCAGAGAUAAAGUCGUUACAAGCUGAAGUUACGUCACUGAAGAAAACCAUAGAAAAUAAGGAAAGUGAUUUCCGUAGAAAGGAAUUGGAAUUAUUACGUGACCUCGACUAUGCUCAGGAGAAAAGCGAUGUGUUGAGUAACUUAUUAGAUAUUGUCAAAGAUCGAGCAGACGCCGCAGAAGCAGAGUUAGAACGCCUUGCAGAAGAAAGUAGAUCUACCAGUGCAGCAUCAGAAAAUAGUGCACGAACUGUCAGUGUACUAAGUGACAUCAGUUUCGGGAGUGACGAAGUUUUCGUAGAAGGUGCAUCACGGGAAAGUUCAGCGCCUGGUUCCCCGGAAUCAGCGAGCAGAAGAAAAGUAAUACAUAAAGACUGGGAGGGACAAUUUCGUAAGAGAAUCCAUUGCCUCGAAAGAAUACUGGCAGAAGAGCGUCAAAAACUGGCAGCCACAGAGAAGAAACUAGCUUUAGUUUCCACGGAAACGCUUUCUACAGCAAUGUCUGACGACGCUAAACUUCAUGAAAGAGAAAAAGAAAUCCUUCAUAGUGAUCUGCAAGAAACAAAGAAACAUUUGAGGAUAGCAAGCGAUCAAAUCCAUGGUCUAAAAGAAAGAAUUGGGUCAUUAGAAGAUGAAAAUAGCAGACUGAAGAAUCCAUUUUGGGAUAAUCAGCCUGCAUUAGAAGAUGACGACAGAACCCUCUCUGGUAGUAUAGACACUGUCUUGUCAGUCGGAACACCCUCUGGUAGCAUCGAUACAGUGUUGUCUGUUGGAUCAUCAGAACGAUUACACGAGGAUGUAGGGGACAGUGACGAAAACAUCGACACAAUCGUCGAAAACGAGGCUAGUGAAAAAGAAGAUAUAGAAUAUUUCCGGAAAAGAGUUACAAGUCUUGAGGCCAGAUUAGAAGAGGCUAAUGACAUAUGGAAAUCUAAAAGUACCGCCACGGAAAAAGAGAAACUCGAAUUAGAAGAAGAAUUAGCGAAAUUAACGGACCUGUGUGAUCAGCUCCGAGAGGCAUCGAACAGUUUCAAAAUGCGAGAAGAAAAGGCUUUAAAACUUAAUAAGGAAUAUAGUAAUACGAUUAAGGAAAAGCAAUCGAUCCUUGACAGAAAAGAUGAUAUAAUUCAGGAACACGUGGACAUUAUUAAACAAAGAGAAGACGACUUACAGCAACUGCUGGAUCAAAUUUCACAAAGGGAUAACAACAUCCGGGAGUUACGCGAAAGUGUACGUAAUCGUGAUGAAAGAUUAAAAGAAAAAGACGAAAUAUUACAAAAUCUUAAUAAUGGUACCGAUGAAAAGCAAGAAGAAAUCAAUUUUCUUAAUAGUGAAAUGUCUGAAAACAUUUCUCAAAUAAAGGAAAAAGAUGAAAAGUUAAAAGAACUUACGGAAAGGAUAGAAAGUUACGAAAAUAAUUCGAAAGAGUCGAAUAUUCAAAUAGAAAACGAGCGUUUGAAACGAGAACUUGAAGAUAUGGCGUAUAGUGUUGGAAAGGUGCAUACCGAUAAUAACACAUUACAAAAUGAAAUGGAGAAAACUAAACAAGCGUUGAGUGAAGCAAUGGUUUUAUGGAAUAAAGAUCGUUCUACGUUAGGUCAAGAAUUAACCGUAGCUAGAGAGAAACUAUCGAUAUAUGAAGCUUCGAUCGAUAAAAAGGAGAGUCAAGCAGCACAAAUGAUGAGAAAGGAAACUCAUAAAUGUUUAGAACAAAGGGAAAAGUUGCAACAUGAGUUAAGGAUUUUAAAAGUGGAGCAUGAUGCAAAUAUUCGAACUUUGAAAAAUGAGAAGUUAAAAUUACAAGAUGAAUUAACUCAAACAAUACGCCAACUGACAACUGAAAUGAGUAAUAAUGAUAAAAUGGCCUCUGAUUUAGAGCGACUUAAAAACCAGGAGGAAGUUGCCUUCCAAAUACAGCACCACGAAAAAGUCUUACGUGCAGAAUACAUGGCAAUGAAAGUCAGAUUCGAAACGAGGCUUGAAAACUUACAGAAAGAACAUUCGAGACUUCUUACCAUCUUAGACCAAAUGCAGCACGAGAAGGUUUUAAACCAUGAAAUUAUCAAAGGAGUUCAGAAACAGAUGUCAAUAAUGAAGGAUAACUACCACAAAAAUUUAGAGAAAUCGAAGGAGCAAAGUGAAACACUUGGUCGUCAUAUCAAAGAGCUUGAAGGAGCACGUGAUCUUGCUAUGGAAUUACAGAAGAAAGUCGAGUCUCUGAAACGCCAGCUCGAAGACCAAGAGUAUGAACGUGCUGAACUUGUUGACAAAAUCACUGCACAAAGAUCUGCAUGGGAAAUAGAAAGAUCUAAUAAGCAAAGCAAAAUAAAUCAACUUGAGGAAAGACUAGCGAUGAUAAACAACGCUCAAUCAAGAACAAAGGACAUGCAGUCUAGAAUGGAGGUGGCAUGGAACAGAGAAAGGGCCGAACAAAAACGUCUUUUAUCUGAAGCACAUAAUCUAGCUAUGGAUCUACAACAGCAGCUCAAGGGUAGAGACGACGAACGUCUGCACGAAAAACGAGCUCUAUUAGAACAACUUAAGGUUCUUCGGAAACAACUUGACGAAGAGCAAAUAAACCGCCGAGAACAGCAGUCAAAGUCAGGGACAAGAGAUGAACAGUUGUUAGAUUUGAAACGGAGGUUAAAAGAAGUAAAAGAAAAAGCGGAAAAAGAACACGAAUCUUCACUUAAAGAUCAAGCUGACUUAGUUCGACGUCUUGGGGAGAUGAGGAGGCAACAUAAACAUGACCAGAGAAUGAUGGAAGAUGUGUUGAGCGGGCUGACAAGACUUCGUGAACUGGCAUCAAUUGUGGUGGCAUCAGAGAAUAAUGGUGAAAUAUCUGACAAUGAACUAGAACAUAGACUUGAGACACUGGAGACAAAAGGAGACAUGGGAGCUGCUGCCUCUGAGGAGACAGCAAUUCAUACAGAAGACAUUAGACAACGUAUAAAUGAUGUUGUGUUAAACUACAUCAAAGAGGCGUUGAAAGAAAUACACUUUGCAGCUGAAAACAUUGCUCGGCCCAGAGAUAUAUCUGACGAGGAACGUAAACAAAUGAGAAGUUCUUCAAAGAAUUGCGAAAACCACGAACGCAACAUAAGGAGUUUGUCGAGUUCUGAACUCGACUCACUGAAAGAGGAUUUUGUUACUGAAACAUUAGGAAGUAAAGAGCUUGAAUUCUUGAAGCAAAAGUAUGGACCUAUUACACCAGACAGUCCAAUAAAGUUUCAAAGGAGCAUCAGUGGUUCGAACGUGAAAGAAGAAACAGAAGAAAUCCUCCCUGGAAUCCAAAUGGGUUCAAUGGCCGACAGAAGACACAACAUCAUGUCAACAGUACACAAGGAACAGGGACUAACGACAAAGUUCCCUGAUCCUCCACCUAGCUUUUUACUUCCGCGUUGUAUUAAUUCAACACUUUCGUCAUCACAAACGGUCACAAGAUACUCUAAAGAAACAAACAAAACAACGACUGUAAGACAAAUUCCAAAAAGUAUUUCUAUUGACACGUGUCUUUUGAAAGCAACAAAAAUGUCUCCUCAGGAUAGUGCUCAGUCUAGUUCAUCACAUUCUCCUGUUUCACUAGAGACGACGACGCAUUGCAGUUUUCAGCAAGUGUUAACACCGAUUCCGGUUACUCAUAUAGUACCAUCAAAAAACGCUUUAUCUGCAAGUGCAGAAAUCGUAACGCCUAGAACUGCAAGACGACAAUUUUUUGCUGAUAAUCCUUCAGAAUCUAGUGUUCAUCGCCCAUGGCCCGGUCGCAGUCGGAGCCAUGACAGUGUUUCAAAACGAGAAAGGGAAGCUAUUGUUGGUAAUAUUGGAAUACAAAAAGACGAAACUAUGUCUGAAAAUACUUCAAACGAAAAUGUGGACGUAUAUGUAAAUUUGUCAUCUGAAAUAGACGAUAAAGUGCAGCUCCAAGAAGGGGAUGAUAUACUUUCUCCGGUCAAGGAAUCCAAAAGUGAUAAAAAGAAAAGGAAAGCAGCAACAAGGUCUAUAAGUUUAGACAGUUCAUCAGUAAGGAAGACACUAGCAAAAGCUGGAGUGUCAGUCAUGUCACCAGCAGCACCUUCCGCACUUACACCAUCGGACAUAUUUGCAGCUGUAAAACGCAAAUUUAAGACGAAUAUUAAACGUUCCUCGUCAUUAUCAGAGAAAGAACUGCACUCAGUUAGAACCAAUGUAUCCAAUAAUUCUAGUAGUACCUCUGCAACAUCUUCCAUUUCUAAAACAGGUUCUAUUCAAGAAAUGAAAAACACAUUCGAACCUCCACUCUCAGGCUUACCUCCGAAAUCAAUACUCAUUCCACCGCCAACUCCACCGAUUUCCGCCAUGCAGAGGAAGGUAUUACCUGUGAUUGCCGAUGAAAUCACGAAAACAAAAAGGGCACGGGAAGACAAGAAAGACAAAUCUAAAAAGAGACAGCGAUCCAAGUCUGCAGAGCGAGCUCGAACAGGUCCAUCUUUCCUUGAACAACCAAUUGUUCGACAAGACAUUAUUCCUCAGUCAAAAAUGCUAGGAUUUGAAACAUCUGUUUGAUAAAACACUUAGCGAUCAUAAAUAUUGGUCUGAUUUUUUUAUUGUUUUUUUUUACGUCUAUAAAGGCGAUGAUACUUAUCUUGAGUGAGUCUCUUUAUUAAGACGAAGAGAAAUUGACAGUGGUUCAUUCUUAUGAAACCAUAAAUUCAAAAUAGUAAGACAACAUUUUAUUCAUAAGUCCAAACGAAACUAAACGAAUAGCAGCUUUAUGUUAACAAAGAAUAUAAAUAAAUAUAAAUUAGAAGUAGCAAAUACAGAUAAUAGUUUUAAUUCGAGGGUAUCACCAGCCAAGUAGUCAGCACUUCUGUGUUGACAUGAAUUAUCAUUGAUAUGGUCAUAAUUAUAAAUUAGCUGUUUACAAAACUUUGAAUUUUUGAAAUACUAAGGCUUUUCUACCUCAGGAAUAGAUUACCUUAGCUGUAUUUGGCAAAACUUUUAGGAAUGUUUGGUCCUCAAUGCUCUUCGAAGAACUUCGAAUUUUAUUUGGCCUUUUUAACUUUUUUAGUUUCUAGCGUCAGUGAUGAGAUUUUUGUAGACGAAACGCGCGUCUGGCGUAAAUACAAAUUUCAAUCCUGGUAUCUAUGAUGAGUUUUUUUUCACAGAAGUUCACAUGUAUUGCAAAAUAAAUCUAUUACUGCAAUACUAACAGACUUAUAUUGAAUUGUAAAAAGAAAAACAAAGCAGUCUAUCCCGUAGUUUUCCGAUCCACAAAUAAAUUGUAUACAAAUUUGUAUUAACAUGUAAUGUAAUAAUAUCUUUGUAUUUGUACAGUUGUUUACCUGUUUGUUAUAAUGUUUAUAUUUGUUUUUAUUUUAUAUUUAUUUCAAAUCUGUCUUUCAUUGUUAUUUUGUUUCAAAUACCUCGUGUUUGUUGUGUUAACAAAAUUGUAACCUUUUAUGUUUUCAAGGAUUUACAUUGAUAUUUAUGAAUAAUAUAUUUGGGAAUUAAUUAAGUAACACAUUUCUGGUGUUCUUGGUUUUCGGGCACGGAAAGCUAUGAACUGUUAUGCUGUAGUUUCUCAAAUUAAAUUUUAUUUCGGUAUUAUCAUCUCUUAACAUUUGUUUACAAUAGGUUAUUAAUUGUAUAUAUAGUGUUACAAUUGAAACCAUAAGCAUGAAAUUAAUACGUUACUCUGAUACUUACCUUGAUUUUUUGAUUUUACAUUUAGUGUAGAAAUUUAUUUGUGAAUUAAUUGGCUUAGUAAUGUGCAAAGAAACCACAUGUAGAGGACUUUCAGUCUCAGAAUUAGUCUCAGAAUUUAAUUCUACUACGUUGUCUAUGUUCUAACAUUGAAAAUGUUUUAUUACAAACAUUUUGAUUAUUUUAAGUCAAUAAUGUUUUUAUACAUCCUUGGAUGCCCAAACUUUGACCGACCCUGAAACGGACAUAGUUACAAAAGAAGUUUACGUUACUUUAAAUAAUUGAUUUUGAUGAUAAAUUUGAUUAAACAUCAAUGUCUUUUAAACAUAAAUGCAGUGUGCAACUAAUGGUGUGUAUGUUACAUUAGCUUUAGUUGUGUUAUGAAGUUUACACAAAGCUUGUUGUUGAGUUAGAAUAGGCUUAAGGAUGUUUGAAUCUCAUGUUUUUAACUUUUUGUCAGAUAUUCUGAAUCCUCUAGUUUUACCCAUGUGCUACCAAGAAAAAAAUUGCCUGGUAACCCUUUCUUUUCUUUUCAUAAUUUUAUAACAUAAAAUCCUUGUUAUUUUUUCAUAGUUUUUGAAAGAAAAACGUUGCCAAUGUUAAAUGUAGGAAAAAAUUAGAGAGAAUCUUUUCCCGCCAAAUUAUCAAUGGCUUGUAUCUCAAAAAACGAGGAUUAUGACCUUGCAUUUUUUCUGCUGAUUUCUGUUAUUAAUGUAUUAUCAGUUUAUAACAGUCUUUUAAAAAGCUUGUUAUUUUGAAACAAAAAAGCGAACAUCCUUAAUUCUAGACAGCAAGAUAACACUAUUUGAUCCUACAUAAGUUCUUAAAUUGAGUUGGUAUGUGUGAUAAAGUGUUUAUUUAUUAAUUAGUUCUGUUAAUUAGAUAUUAUUUAAGUAUUGUGUGUCAUAUCCAGUAUACUGUAUCCUAACAUAUAGAACGAUUAUUUUGCUUAUAAAUCAAUGAACUUUCAAAUUAUGUAAUGACAAUAAAUUUUCAAAAAUACUCUUAUUAAGAAUUUCGAUUUUUCGUUUUCUAUUAAUAAGAGAAGAAAAAAAAAUCAUUUAGAACGUUUUACGCUUCCAUAAGAUUUUAACAAAGUGCAAGAUGUUUUUUAUUUGAAGAGUGUUUUGGUCAAUCAUAUCAGAAAUUUGCUAUAUAGAUUUAUAUGCUUAUAAAUAAAAUUGCAUCUUUUUCGCCAUGACAAGAACAAAGAAACAAUAGCUUUCUUUAUGCUUGAUACCGCGAUUAUUUCUUACAUCACAUUUUAAAAAUGUUUAUUACAUAGGUCAUUGAGAGGAAGGCCUUUUUAAAUUUCGCAAAUUUGAUUUUUAUAAAUUAGUGCAUGUUAUUGUUCCUCAUACUCCUUGAUUGAUAUUAAAAAAAAGGUAAAGAUGCGCUAAUUUUUUUUCUUGUCUGCAAAUUUCAAAAUUCUUUUCAAACAAGAAUUUUUUAUUCUUUUCUUUACAACAAAUUGUACUGAACUAGAAUGUAGAACAAAAUUAUAUAUGAAUGACACAACAGAUAAUAAAGUCACUUUCAAAGUUU